GGCGGGGCUUCCGGGGCUGGUCGCCGGGCCGAAGCAGGAAAGUGCGGCGGUUGGCAACGCGGCCGAAGGGGGCGGGCUGCACGAGUGGGGCGCGGGCCACCAGUGCCAGAAUGUCAGCGCUGGCCCUGGGCUUUUAAUGGUGACGAGAGGAAACUGAGUCAAGUAGGAGCUGUGCAGUUGGGGGAACCAGUACUCGGAGGCCUCUGAUGGGACACCGAGGCCUGGCCGGCGCAGUGACUUGCCGAGUUCACACAGCUAGCUCCCGGGAGCAGCAGUGGGGCCGGGGGGACGAUGGUCUCCGUGACAAUGGCCACUUCCGAAUGGAUUCAGUUCUUCAAGGAAGCUGGCAUCCCUCCAGGCCCUGCUGUCAACUACGCCGUGAUGUUUGUGGAUAACAGGAUCCAGAAGAGCAUGCUGCUGGACCUCAACAAGGAGAUCAUGAAUGAGCUGGGCGUGACGGUGGUCGGUGACAUUAUUGCCAUCCUCAAGCAUGCCAAGGUGGUGCACCGCCAGGACAUGUGCAAAGCGGCCACUGAGUCUGUGCCCUGCAGCACCAGCUCCCUCCCGGGUGACAGUCGCCGAGGUGCCUCCAGCGCCGCCUCCCGGAUGAUUGCCAACAGCCUGCACCGCGAAUCCCCAGCCAGGACGCCCCCACGGCGGCCGGACACCAGCACCUCCAAGAUCUCCGUCACCGUCUCCAACAAGAUGGCCCGGAGUGCCAAGGCUGCUGCCCAGGCCCGGCGGGAGGAGAGUUUGGCCGGUCCCACCAAGCGGCGCCGGGUCACUGCGGAGAUGGAGGGAAAGUACAUCAUCAACAUGCCCAAAGGCACCACCCCGCGCACCCGCAAGAUCCUGGAGCAGCAGGCGGCGAAAGGCCCUCAGCGCACGUCUGUGUUUGACCGUCUGGGCGCAGAGACCAAGGCGGACACCACGACGGGGAGUAAGCCCACGGGGGUCUUCAGUCGCCUGGGGGCCCAGGAUGCUGACGAGGACGCGGCCUGGGACAGCGACAGGGAUAGCACCAGCUCCGUGCUGCAGUACGCCGGGGUGCUGAAGACGCUGGGCCGGGGCGCCGCCAAGGAGCCCCCGCUGCCCAUCAAGGCCAAGGCCACCAGCUCCGCCCCCGAGGCCCCUGCGCCCACCCUGCGGCGCCUGACGCUCCCCGCCCGCACCGGACUGGCCCGGAAGCCGGACUCGCUGCCCAAGGUCAGCGUCGUGCAGAGACUGGGCAAGGCUGCCCUCAUGCCCGAGGCCCAGGACAGCCAGGUCACCAGCACCAAGAGUAAGUCGGCAGCCGAGGUCAAGGUCACCAUUCAGAGGACAGUGGUGGGGCCCCGGGGCUGUGCCCAGAGCCCGGGCGCCCGCAUGGACCACGCGGGUUCUGUGAGCGUGUUCCAGAGACUGGGCCACAGAACCUUCUAGCCCUGCCGGCCCCUCCACUUGGCUCCAGUGCCGUCCGCCACCGCCCCGGACCCGACCUGGUAUUCGGGCUCUGAGUUUGAUGUGAUGGCUGCCUGCCCAGCUGCUCUGCCUCCGUCCCUCUGUCCCUCCUCUCUAUCCCUCUGUCCUCUCUGUUCUCCCCUCACCUGGGCCUCUCCCCAGCGCCGAGGGUCCUGGCUAGUGCCCGCCUCCCAGCAGCCCCCCUCUUGGGCCUGUGCUGCCCUCCCUCUCCCCCCAUUGUGAGCUGCCCGAGGGCUCCCUGACCUUCCCCUGCCCCCCUCCCCGCACUGUCCCCCGCCCCCCUGUUUCUCUGUCUUGGCCUCUCUUCACGCUGUUCAUUUCUCUUCUGUUUUCUGUCCCUGUGGCAAGGCACGACUGUCCGCUGCGUCCUGCCUGAUCCUCCUGCACCGGCGGCCUCCCAGCGGCCCCCGCGGCGACGGUGGCGUCCUGCCGGUCUAGACUGUUAGAGGGGCGCCCCGACUCUGCCUCCCUGUCUUCCCCUCCCCCUUUCCCUCUCUCCCCCUCCCUCUCUCUCUUUGCCUCUCUCCCACUCCUUCCCUUUCUCUUUCGCUGUCCUUCUAGCUCUUUCCCUUUUCCUCCCUCCUCCCUCCCCUCUCCUUCCCUCCUUCCCUCCUUCCCUCCGUCCCUUUCUUUCUCCCUCCAUCUCUCCAUCUCUCCCUGUCUCUCCCCUCUCCCACUCCCUGUCUCUCCCUUCUUUCUCCCCCUCUCCCUCCCUCUGUUCUCUCUCCCUCCCUCUUCUUCUUCCUUUAUUCUUUCUCACCCCCCUCUCAUGGUGGGAGGCAGGCUGGGGGUGCCCCCCCAGAGUCUCCAAUAGAUUUUUGUGACUUUGAAACUGCUUCCCGCCCCUCCUUGAGGGGGGUCUCAGGUUGGGGUCCCAGAACUGGGGAGGGGGUUCUGCUCCCAAGGGUCCCUCCUUGCACCCAGCUAAGGGCUGUGUCUACCCAGACCCUGAGUCAGGAGGGGUAUCAUGGUAGUGGUCACCCCUGUUCACCACUCUGCCCACUGGGUAGACCCUGGCCUCCUGCACGGCCCGAUUCCAGCAACUUGGAUGAGGCCCAGGGAGAUGCAGGGGAGCCGUCAGGCCUCUAGAUGUUGGGGUGCGAGGGAGGUGCCGAAGUCACAGCCUGAGUCCCAGGAGCUUGUGGGGGCCAUGUGGGGAGUUGGGGCGGGGGGGUAGGAGCCGGUCAGCUGGGCUUCCUGACCCAGGCAGGGGCUUUGUGGGAUUUGGAGGGUCCAGCAGGUGCCCCGGGGAGACUGGCCAGGCCCAGGAGGCCCCAGCAGGGCAGAGCCAGGUGCCCUCCCCAGGGGGUUUCCUGGGCUGUGGGGGAGGGGGCUGGGGGCGCAGAGGGGAGAGCCCAGCUGGGGGCUGCCUGUGGUGAUGGGCCCCCAGACAGCUUCGGGCAGAGGGUGAGACGGGUUGGAUGCAGCUCUUUGGGGCCUUGGCCCCCCUCUGGGGCUGUGGCGGCCUCUUCCUGGUGUCCUGGCCGGGGGCUGCCAUCCACCGAGGUGCCCAUCACUCCCAAGAGCUCCCACACAGACCUUUGCUGAUUUUAUUAUUUUCUUGGCUGGGGGUGUUGUGGGUUAUUUAAAAACUUUGCAGGGGCUUGCGAUUUGUUGGCUUAUUGGGGGGAGGAAAUCAAGUUGUAAACUUUUUAUUACAGAUUAAAAAUGAGAUUCUGCACUUAGUUUUUCA